AGUGGGUGUGAGCCACCGAGGCGAACAGCAUUGAACCCUGCAUUGCUGCGGUGGGCGUUGGAGUUUUGCGUAAAAGGAGCGAAGACCUAAGUGGACGACAUCUACACGUUACUCUGUAAUGUCCUCCGGGCUCAUGCUCAUCACGACGUUUGCCGAUGUCGCUGAAUAAUGAGUGUAGGCUUUUCAUCCAAGCCCAACUCCUGCAUGCAUGCAACCGCCCUACUUCUUGCUGCCUUUUUCUGCUAUACAGUACAGAGUUUCAAGCCUGACCCUGCUCACUACAACACACCUCAUGAAGCUAUCGAGUAUAUUGCAUGGAAAGCUUUGAAAGAAGGCAAGCCUCCGUGUGUCACAGUUCAUCCCAUAGGAAUCAGCCUAUUCUGCAUCAUGGGGCAGUGCGUCCAGGGCGAAAAUGGAAGCUCUUACUGCCAAUGCAGCCAGCAUUUUACAGGACUUACAUGUUCAGUCUACAAGGGCAAGUGCACAUCGGAAAGCAUUUGUGGUCCCCACUUGUGCCAGGACAACCCCAACAAAAUUAGCUUGUACGAGUGUGUGUGCAAGCCAGGCUACCAUGUUCCUGAUAGCCCAGCAUUCUCUCACUGCGUGCCAGACAGUAUUCUCAGUAGUGCUAUUGAGGAGAAGCACAGUGAAAGCUCAACAAAUACACCUACAUGGCCGUCUUCAACAACUACCGUUGAAAAGCUUGCCAAAACGAGUGUGCUUUUGAACAUCUCUGUGAACAACACCAAAACUUCUUUGGUGCCUGUUACAAUAGAAAGCAAUGCCUCUAAACCAGAAGUUGUAUGUGAAAGCUCAGGAUUUGACAUCCACUUUAUUCAGGAAGAAAACAAGACAGCAGAUGUCUUCAUAAAAGCACUGCAAACUACUACUGGGCAAGAUGAGCCAGCUGAAACCACAGGAGCCAUGGAGACCAACAGCCAUGGUACAGUCCUUGAAAAUCAGCUGCACCAUGGAGCUGACAGUGUUGAAGGUCCAGACAAAACCAAGGAUGGAAUAGAAGAGAAUGCAACAAAAUAUUAUGCGGGUCUUGGCAGUGGACCCAUUACAGUAGCAUUAUCGGACUACAGUGGAGUAUAUGAAACCAAGAAACGAACAGAAAAGAAUGUAACAAUGUCUCAUGUGGGUCUCGGCAGUGCACCUAUUACAGUAGCAUUAUCAGAAUAUAAUGGAGCAUUACUUUCUGCGCCUCAGCAGCUCAUGAAACGAGCAGUGAAGCUUCAGGUACCUGUCAUACAGAGAAGGCUUGCUUCAACCUUCCAGAGCAAACAAGAUGGCACUUUUGAAAGUCAACUAACUCUGGAUGACCUUAUGCCUUAUAAAGGUGAUAUUGAAGAACAAGGUGUUGACAACAAAAAACACAAGGAAAAGGAAAGUCUUAUUAACGCUUUGAAGUUCAAGUACCACAUUCCUAUCAGUAGCCAUCUAGGCAACCAAGCAACAAGGCUUGAGCACACGGAUAACAGUACUACAGUUCCUGUGCAACCUUUUCAGAAGGGAUCUUUGAAUAAAGAUGAUGACGACUAUGAAGUCAUUCAGUUCAGGCAGAGGCUUCUGAAGAUGGCACCAGCCAAGCUAUUUAGGAAUGAAGGGAAUAGUGACAAUUUAUUGCACAGACCUGCUGCCUAUCUGGUUGCCAGAGAAACAAAAAAAAUGAAAGCUAUAAAAGGUUACUUCAGACAUAAACAACAACCCAUUGAAGCUCAGGAUGACAUUAUUGACAGCUUGAAGCAUGCAGUGGAGGUUGAUGAGUACAGCAAGAAGAACGUUACCAGGAAACCUGGCCACGACAGUGAAAUGACAGAAAAAACUAUUAUUGUGCUUGAGAAGAGAAAACGCAGAAAGUCAAGGUUUCUGCAAGAAGGCAAAGCUGUAGAUAACGCCAGUACAGAACAAAAACGACUAGCUGCAAGUUCAGACCUAACUUCUGAGAAGGAAAAUGAGACUCCCAGCCUAAUGCCACAGCACAAGUCAGUUUGGCCUGAACAUUUCUCUAGGAGAUAUCGCCUCCGAGAAGCCACAUACAGAGCUGAUGAAAACUAUGAAAGAAAAAUUGGGAACUUGGAGAAGUACAGUGUUACACCUGUCAUGGUUUGGAAAGAAAACACACCAUCACAGAAUAGAGAUAAAAUUACCCAUAUAGCAAGUGAUGCAAUAAGCUGGAGGACUGAUAAGCUCAAAGACAAUUCAAUUUUACCCAAUGCCGCCACCAAAUGGAUGCAUGAAAUUGGGCCGGACGUGUUAACAGGCACUACAAAAAAUCAGAUGCCAACAUGCUGCAAUACAUCAGUGCUUCUGUCAGAUCAAAGGUCCAAAACUUCUCUUGCAUUGAAAAAAAUUUUUUCGGACAAAAGUAUUCACCAGAGUGUUUCGGCCUUUAUUGAAAAACAGGUAAAAUUCGGCCAGAAGUCACAGCUUCGUGUACAAGACGAUGUCAAAGCAAAUGACUUUCUGCACUACAAAAAAGGACAUCAUUUUACAGGCAAAAAUCCAUUGCUGUUCUUUAAUGUAACAGUUUUAAAUUAUGAUAGGAGUAACAAAUCAUCUGCUUCCUACCUGGUUCCCCUCACUGGAAGCAAAGCCAUCAUGAUAUCAUGGGGCACAUACAAUGACUACUCUUCGUGACAUAUAUGCAGUGCACUGGCAAAGUUUUACGCAUACCACAGAAAUGAGAUGGUUCACCGCACCCAAUCCGCCUGGUGUUUUACUGGUCUGGACUAGCAGCCACAGUAGUGCCUAGACUAUGUGGCUGUGAAGUGACUUGUAAUGCUAACUGUGUCAUUUAUAAAACUGACAUUCACAUAGUAUUGGUAGUGCUUGCCUUGCAUCAAUUUUUUGGCUCCAACUACUU